AUGGACAACAACACGCCUCCACCACCAAUUAUGCGGCUCGAAUCGAGUUCAAUGGAUGACCAAAUAUUAAACGAUUUGAGCAAGGAGAUAGUGGACACUGUUCUUCCAUCUGUACAGGAGGAUCUGCUGAAAAUGGACAAGUACCUAAGAAGAGGAAAUGAAGGGGCGACGGACGUUUCAAAAACCAGCGAACAGAAAAUGUUUGCCGAGGCAGCUACGCCAGAGAAAUUGCCUACUCCACCGCCGUCACCUGUCGAUGACGUUGGUGAAAGCUUCGAAUUUAAGAGCUCUCUGGAUACAACAGAAGAAGCUAGUGAAAACCUGAAGAAGCAAGAAAAAAACUCGUUAACUAACAUAUCCGAGGAUUCAGCAGCCAUGAGUUUUAUGAAAGGCAUCAAAGACAGUGUAGCCUCGACCGCAGCGCAGCUUGGCGACGCCCUCGAACAAGCUGAACACAAGGCUGAAGAGAGCGCUAAGAGGAUCGCGGACAGCGCUAAAGGUGCCAUCGAUUCUGCUGCUGAGAAGACUUCAGAAGGAGCUUCUUGGGUUGCAGAUUCCGCUAAAAGCGCUUAUGAUACCACGACCGGGAAGACAUCAGAAGGUAUUUCCUGGGUUGCUGAUAGCACAAAAGCUGCAUACGAUACUACUGCUGAGAAGGCAUCAGAGAGCGCUAAGAAGGUCGCAGACAGCGCUAAAGGUACCAUCGAUUUUGCUGCUGAGAAGACUUCAGAAGGAGUUUCUUGGGUUGCAGAUUCCGCUAAAAGCGCCUAUGACACCACGACCGGGAAGACAUCAGAAGGUAUUUCCUGGGUUGCUGAUAGCGCAAAAGCUGCCUACGAUACUACUACUGAGAAGGCAUCAGAGAGCGCUAAGAAGGUCGCGGACAGCGCUAAAGGUACCAUCGAUUCUGCUGCUGAGAAGACUUCAGAAGGAGUUUCUUGGGUUGCCGAUUCCGCUAAAAGCGCUUAUGAUACCACGACCGGGAAGACAUCAGAAGGUAUUUCCUGGGUUGCUGAUAGCACAAAAGCUGCAUACGAUACUACUGCUGAGAAGGCAUCAGAGGUAACCCAUGCCGUUGGAGAGAUGACGUCUGAUGCAGCUCAUUCCGUCGGAGAAGUGCUAAGCGAUACCAAACAUGCAACUGGCGAUGCUUUAGAAGCGACAAAAGAACACACUGGUGCAGCUGUGCAAGCUGUUAGUGAUUUCAUAUUCGGUGCAAAAAAGGAUGCGACAGAUCCAGAAAAAGAAUCUGAAGAGAAGAUCGAGAAACUCGAGAGUGUCCCUUCGGAAACCAAGCAACAUGGUGACAAUGAGGCUGAUAAAGCUAGCGGAGAAGCGAAGUCCGAUCCUUCCGGAUUUUUCGGCUCCAUAAAGGGUGCCGUCUCUGAUCUUGGCGACAAACUUGAACACGCAGCCGAGUCAGGAUCCAGCUCUGUCAGUGGUGUAUUCGAAGGCACUAAAAAUGCUUCUGCAUCAGUAUAUGACAAGGCAAAAGAAGGUGCGUCAGACUGGUCAGCCACUGCACAAGAAAAAGUCUGCGACGUUGGAGAGAACGUCAAAGAUACUGCACAUGCACUUCAAGAGAAAACUGCCAAGGCAUUCGAACAAGCGAAGGACUUUGUCGGAGAAGUAGCGUCUAACACCACGAAGGCAGCUGAGGGUGCUCUUGGUGACGCACAGAAAAAAGUCUCCGAAUGGAAGGAUGAGGCAGGAAAAACGUUGUCUGCUUGGAAAGAUGAGACUACGAAGGCCGCCGAAAAUGUGAAAGAAGGUGCGUCACAAGUUUUAGAUGAUACACAGAAGAAAGCAUCUGAAUGGAAGAAGGAAGCCGAAGAGGUCGUCGCGGAUACUAAGGAAUCAGCUGGAGGUGUUCUCAGUGAUGUUCAGAAACAAACAUCAGAUUGGAAGGACGAGGCGGCUCAGAAAGUGUCAGCAUGGAAGAAUGAAGCUGAGAAGACAACCUCCGGUGUCGAAAAUUUGGCUUCACAAUCUUUUGAUGAGGCCCAGAAAGAGGUAUCAGAUUGGAAGAAUAACGCAGAGAAGGCGGCUGCUCAUGCCAAGGAAUCCAUCUCCAAUACGUUCGAUGAGGCCCAGAAGAAAGCAUCGGAAUGGAAUGAAGAUGUACAGAAGGCUGCUAGCGAUGCUGCCGACAAAGUGCGAGAAAAAACAAAUGAUGUGAAGAGUGACCUUCAGACUACCACCUCAUCGACGGGUGACUUCAUCCACGACGCAUUUUCUCAAGGAAAAGAAAAAACGGGAGAGCUUAAAAAUCAAGUUGAAGAGGUAACUUCUGGAGCAAGUGCUUUCAUUAGAGACACAUUUUCAAAAGCCAAAGAUAAGGCGGAAGAGAAGACGGAUGAAGCAAAGAAGGCGGCAGGCUCGGCAUCUGAUUCUAUCAAGAAUGCAUUUGAACGUAUUCAGGAUAGUGCAAGCAAGCCAUGUGAAGAUGCUGGAAAGCCUCGUUCUGCUGAAGGAAGUGCCUCGAAAGCUUACGAGGAGGCCAAGGAGAAAGUUGGUGAGCUCUCUACGGCUGCUUCGCAGAAAGCCUCCGAAUUUCCCACUGUUGCAUCCGAGAAGGCGCGGAGUGUUCAGACGUCCCUCAAAGGAGCUGCUUCUGAUGCCGUAAAGAAAGUCAAUGAAUUAGAGAAAUCUGCCGAAGAAAUAACAUCAACGGAGCACGCCGAUGAGAAGGCAGCAUCCUCGGAGAUCUCACGAGCCGUUGAACAGAAGGUGGAAGACAUCAAAGAUACCACGUCUUCCGAUAAGGAGAGUGUUUCAGCGCCUAUCGCCGAUGGUAUCGCCAGGACAGUCACCGACGAAGCCGUAGCAGAAGCCGCGAAGGAGGCGAAUGUUCGAUCGAAAGCCGCUGAAACGGCGGAGGAGGUCACUACACAGGAGACAUCAUCUUCACGCGAGCAGAAAAAGACCGAUACGCUGCUCUUGAGAAAGAUACUGGGCUCCUCAGCAAAGAAUAUACGAACAUCCGUGUAA